AUGAUGCCCAGGCAUCAAGCAACCACAUCUUCAAAUGGAUAUCCUCGUAAGAGCGAUCCAUAUUCUAAGGGCGACACAUACUCCAUAUCACCACAUAGAUUCCAACCAAGGACAUCACCUCCAGCUCUGCGCCGUCGAAGACAACUCCUCAUUCGUUUGACUAUUGUCUUAGUAUUCGCAUUAGUAGUAGGACUAUUUAUAUGGCCAGGUGCCGCUGUCCUUCCAGUAUUAUCUUUUGGAUUUAUCUCUUCCGGAGAGGAAUUUCAACUGGAAACUGUUCGAUAUUACGAUCUCUCAAAUGUACAAGGGACUGCCAGAGGUUGGGAAAGAGAGGAGCGAAUCUUACUUUGCGCCCCCCUUCGAGAUGCCGAAUCCCAUUUACGAAUGUUCUUCUCACAUCUCCAUAACUUCACAUAUCCGCAUCAUCUUAUAGAUCUCGCAUUCUUGGUUUCCGAUUCCAAAGAUAACACUCUACCUCUACUUUCAGAGCUUUUGGAACAAUUACAAGCCGACGAGGACCCAAAACAACCAUACGGCGAAAUAUCUAUCAUUGAAAAGGAUUUUGGACAAAAGGUCAACCAAGAUGUAGAGAGUCGUCAUGGUUUUGCUGCACAAGCAAGCCGCAGAAAGUUGAUGGCACAAGCUAGAAAUUGGCUUCUAAGUGCUGCAUUACGUCCUUAUCACAGCUGGGUCUACUGGAGAGAUGUGGAUGUUGAGACUGCACCAUUCACAAUUCUGGAGGAUCUUAUGCGUCACAACAAGGACGUCAUCGUACCUAACGUUUGGCGACCAUUGCCAGAUUGGCUCGGAGGAGAGCAGCCCUAUGAUUUAAACUCAUGGCAAGAGUCCGAAACAGCCUUGGCCUUGGCUGAUACUCUCGACGAGGACGCAGUUAUUGUCGAGGGAUAUGCGGAAUAUGCAACAUGGCGCCCUCAUUUAGCAUACUUGAGAGAUCCAUACGGCGACCCUGACAUGGAAAUGGAUAUCGAUGGUGUUGGAGGUGUGAGUAUUUUGGCCAAGGCUAAGGUUUUCAGAUCUGGUGUGCAUUUCCCCGCCUUUAGUUUCGAAAAGCAUGCCGAAACUGAAGGAUUCGGAAAGAUGGCAAAGCGAAUGAAAUUCUCGGUUGUUGGUUUACCCCAUUACACUAUUUGGCAUUUGUAUGAACCAAGUGUUGAUGAUAUUCGUCACAUGGAGGAAAUGGAAAAAGAGCGUAUUGAUCAUGAGAAUGAAGAAAAGGAGAAAGCCGAGCGUGUGAAAAAGGUCAAGGAUCAGUUUGAUGAUCCAAGUCCACAAUGGGAGAAGGAUAAGAAUGAUAUCCAAAAUGAGGCUCUGAAAGAGAAGAAGGAGAAGGAGAAGGCUGAAGCUAAAGAAGAGGAUGAUGUGGUGAAGGUUGCUGGCUCCAAGGCCGAAGAAAUCAAGCCAAAGGACAAAGUACAAUAA